AAAGCCUCACCCAAUUCUUGUUCGAUCCCCAUUCAUAUCUGAUGUCCCCGCAUUCCCCUGUAAACCCAUCGCAUAUUAUCACUUCACAUUACUCAAAUUGAAGGAGCUUCAAUACAGCGAGCAGAUUUGUGUCACUAGAAGAAGUCACAGGCAGACUCUCACCAUGGCUUCCCCAACAAAGCUCUAUCUCUUCACUUACAAUCUACUUCAGUCUUUUGGAUGGACCAUUGCCUUUUAUAGAAUUUUGAUCGACUUUGUGGAGACGAAGUCCGUUAACGGGGCUUACGCUUCUGCAGGAGAACUGAUCUGUUUGUUGCAAAAGUUGGCUUUCUUGGAAGUGAUACAUGGAGUCUUGGGUGUUGUUCCUAGUGGGGUUUUGAAUCCUUUAAUGCAAUGGGGAGGCAGAACCCAUUUCCUAUUGGCAAUAGUUCGGCCAGUCGUGGAGGUACAAGAAUUGCCAUCAAUUUUUAUCACUUUUGUUGCUUGGAGCCUUACUGAGGUUAUUAGGUAUACACAUUAUGCUUUGAACUGUGUGGGCAGUUGUCCAUACUGGAUCACCUACCUCAGGUUUACUCUGUUUAUUGGGCUGUAUCCCAUAGGAAUUGCCCCUGGUGAAAUGUGGCUCAUGUACGAAGCUCUUCCGUUUAUAAAAGUAAAAAACCUUUAUGCAAAUUCAUUCGCUAGUCUUCGCUUCAGCUAUUAUGAUUUUGUCAGGGUUUUGCUUUUAUGCUACCCCUUCCUCUGGCUCAAACUCUACUUGCAUAUGUUCAAGCAACGGCGAUCAAAACUUGGUGGACGUCAAAAGGAGGAGUGAAUGUUAGAGUAACUCUGCUUCUGUAUAUGUUUUACGUUAGUUAUUCUUAUCUUCUGGAACAUCCGAUAGAAUAUGUUAUAUCAGUGUUAUGAAGUCAUGAGUACAUGGAUCUUGAUAGGAAGUUCCUUACUAUUAUUUGAAAAACACAUGCUCGUUUCCUUGGUAUUUGAUUUACUGACGUUAAUACAGAUGUUGCUUUCUCAA